GGCAUCUUUGAAGGUUGUUCCCUCUGAGCAUGAGCCGCGAUACCGCCUCCCCUGCUACUCCUUUGGUUUUGCCAGCUGCUCAGGAUGGCUAUACGGCCGCAUUGGUCACUUCUGUCGGGCUUGUCUGUUUAAAUUCCAUCCAGUACGGAUUCCACAUGUCAGAGCUCAAUGCUCCUGAGGAGCUCAUCAAGCAGGCACUGGAACUUGACAGUUCACAAGUAGGCUUGCUCACUUCGAUCUUCUCCAUUGGCGGCCUGAUAGCGUCCACUUUUGCUGGUCAGAUCAGCUCCCAUCUCGGUCUGAGGUCUAGCUUUCUCGUUACAGGUGUCCAUUACACUAUAGGCUCGUAUCUGGAGUACCAGGCCCAGACCUAUCUAGGGAUGCUGUUCGGACGGUUUGUGAGUGGACUGGGUGCAGGGUAUGCAUUGGUGUUGGUUCCGCUGUACAUCAACGAAAUUGCGCCGGUUUCUUUGCGGGGCGUGUUGGGAUCAAUGAACCAGGUCAGCAUCAACUUGGGGAUUCUGCUCGCACAGGUGCUAGCCAUCCGGUGGGCUACAGAACUGAGCUGGAGACUCAUUUUGGGGUCAGGAGCGGUUCUGGCAGCAUUUACGCUGCUUCUUUCGCUGCUGCUGCUGGAAGAGUCUCCCAAAUGGCUCAUUCUCAAUCAGGGCAACGAAACCGAAGGCUUGCACAUCCUGAACAAGCUCCGAGGCAACAACACCUUACAAUGUGCGCAAGAGGCUCAAAUCUGGAAGGAAGAGAAGAAAAAACACGCGCAGCUCAUGGAGUCUAACCCGUCGCUCAGAACACUGUCGUUUUACACUUAUCUGACAAACCCAAACUACAGGAACUCGCGCAUGGUUUCGACGGUGCUGAUGGUGGGACAGCAGCUUGCUGGAAUCAACUCAAUUGUGUUUUAUGGAGUCAAGAUCCUGACAGGACUGUUCCCAGCACAUGCUGUUGCAAUCAACUGUCUUAUCAGCCUCGGGAACAUGCUCAUUACAUUCACCGCAUCGUUAUUUUUGGACAGGGUGGGCCGCAAACCAAUGCUGCUUUCCUCAGUGGCAAUCAUGGGCGUGGCCUCGGCGUCACUUAGUGUCGGCAUUAUCUCUGGCAACUCUGCACUCACAUUGCUUGGAGUCUUCGUUUACGUCGGCUCUUUUGCUAUCGGAUGCGGACCUAUCCCAUUUUUGAUGAUUAGCGAGUUUUCACAGGUGGAAAUCAAAGACCUGGCGCAAAGCUGGGGAACAGACUGCAACUGGAUCAGCUGCUUUGCGGUCGGCUUUCUUUUUCCUCUUCUCAACUCGUCCAUAGGAGGAUACACGUUUCUGCUGUUUGCAGCUGUCUGUGCAGCAUUCUACUCGUUUAUCUACACGGUGGUACCCGAAACCAAGGGCAAGAGCACCUACGCCGAGGUCUGGGAUAUCCCUGGAGACAGAUACUGAUAUGUCUUUUUUUCUGUCCACGUGAUUUGGUUAGCGGGCUCGAGGGUUGUGCGAGCUGAAAAAAUAUUUUACUGACCCGAUUUGUGAGCGCGGUGAAAAAUGGCAGAGAGUAAAAUUAUAGUGAAAAUUGGUAAAGUCAAAUAAUUUCUUCCACCAAAGAUGCCUACCAGAUUAACCAAGACUAGAAAGCACAGAGGACACGUCUCGGCCGGUAAAGGUCGUGUUGGAAAGCACAGAAAGCACCCAGGUGGUAGAGGUAUGGCUGGUGGUCAACACCACCACAGAACCAACUUGGACAAAUACCACCCAGGUUACUUUGGUAAAGUCGGUAUGAGAUACUUCCACAAGCAACAAGGCCAUUUCUGGAAACCAGUCAUCAACUUGGAGAAGCUCUGGUCGUUGGUGGAAAACAAGGAUGAGAAGCUUGCUUCUAGCAGCAAGGACUCUGCCGUUGUCAUCGACACAUUGGCCUCUGGUUACGGAAAAGUUUUGGGUAAGGGAAGACUGCCAAAUGUUCCAGUUAUUGUCAAGGCCAGAUACGUUUCGAAGUUGGCUGAGGAGAAGAUCCGUGCUGUCGGAGGUGUUGUUGAGCUUGUUGCUUAAGUAUGCGAAUAAUAAAUGAGCAUGAG